AUGCGCAACUCCGCCGCUGUCGUUCUCCUGCUUCUGGCGGCCCUCGUGGCCGUCGGUUCGUGCGUCCAGUGCUACGAGGACAACCUCUACAAGCCCACCGCGGUCAUGACCUGGGGCUUCGACGGCUUCCAGAGCUCGUCGCCCGGCGCGCGCAACAUCCAGGGCUGGCAGAUCAUCAGCGCCCUCACGGGCCAGACCAUCGACCAGACCCGCCGCGAGGCCCUCGACUUCUACGCCGAGCGCUACGGCUUCAACAACACGGUGCUCUCCUACGACCCGACCACCGGCGUGUCGGUGCUGCCCCAGGGCACCAUGCUGCCCGUGUACCUCACGGCCCAGGGCGACUACGGCCUGUGGGCCGACAGCGACAAGCACGUGGUGGACCAGCGCUGCCCGCACAUCGCCGUGAUCGAGUGGGUGCUGUUCACCAGCGCCUCCACGGCCGGCACGGUCUACAACGGGACCUACGGCGCCUGGUACAAGAUUCGCAACCCGGCCGGUUCGCGCGUGUCCGUGGGCGACGUGGUGUCGAGCGGGCGCUACCUGAUCAACGGAACCAAGAAGCACGACGAGCCGCUCGUGCUGUCGUUCAAGACCCUCUAUCCCGUGCGGCUCGAUGGGGAGCACACCUACCGCGUGGACAACGUGAUCAGCCACCCCGACCUGGGCCUGGGCUCGGGCCAGUCCAACUACCGGUACUACCUGGCCGCGGGUACCACCAGCACCUGGUUCGUUCAGAUCCGCAACACCAUCAAGUGGCCCUACAUCGAGGCCCCGCCCAUCGACCCCACCUCGCCCUAA